CGUGUCUCAUCUUCCGGUGCAAGCCCUUCUCUGCUGCAACUUCUUCUCAAGCCCAGAAGCACUGCUGCUGCUGCAAGCCCUCCUCUGCCGCAAGCCCUCCUCUACCGUGAAGAUCCUCAUCCCCACAAGCCCCUUUUCAUCUGAAGAUCAUCUAACUCGAUCUAAUUCGUUGUGUGCACGAUGUCUGACUCUGACUUGUCCGAGAAUGAAAAACAUUUUAAAAAUGUUUAUGAAGGAGUCCCUGAGAAAAUUGAUGGUGAUGGCCAUGAUGACGACGGUAAAUCGGCUGAGGAUGUUUCUGAUACAGACUCAGAUUCUGCCAAUGAAAAAUACAAGGCAAUUCCUGACCUAACAGCUGAUCAAAUACGAGGCCUAAGGUUUUGUUCUUCGUUGGAUGCUCUCAAAUUUUACUCCAGCUAUGCCAAAUCUUAUGGGUUCGUGGUGAGGAAAGAUGAAGUCCGGAGAGAUGAACGAAAGAAUGUUGUAAUGAGACAGUAUGUAUGCAAUAAAGCGGGGUUAAGGGAAUCAAAAUACUUCACUAUGGUUAGGAAAAGGUCUCAUAAACCCCUUACUCGCACUAAAUGUCAGGCUAAGCUUCGGAUACGCUUGGAUUACAGGACUUCAGAAUGGAAGGUGGUGUCGUUUGUGGAGAAGCAUAACCAUGAAGUCACCCCGUCGAAAUAUAUGCAUGUCAUACCGGCUUACCGAACAUUGAGUGAAAGUGACAAAGCUCAGGUGGAUAGCCUUCAUUCGUCUGGCGUAAGAACAUGUCAUAUUGUGGGUUUCAUGACAGCGCAAAAAGGUGGAUAUUCUAGACUUGGGUUUUUGAAGGAGGAUUUGUACAAUUAUAUUAAUAGGCAGAAACAUUACAAGUUACGAGGUGGGGAUGCACGAGCUGCUAUCAGUUAUUUGAGAGGAAAGGCAGACAAUGAUGGCAUGUUUUAUUCAAAAUACACGACUACGGAGGAUAAUAAACUGAAAAAUGUUUUUUGGGCAGAUGGUUGCAGUAGAGUAGACUAUCAGUGCUUUGGUGAUGUGCUUGCUUUUGAUGCCACAUACGGGAAGACCAAAUAUAACAAUCCUCUUGUUAUUUUUUCGGGUUCUAACCGUCAUUCUCAGACGAUUAUUUUUGGUUGGGCUUUGCUGGUGGAUGAAACCAUGGAAACAUAUAAGUGGCUUUUGGAAACGUUUUUGGAAGCAAUGUCCAACAAACACCCAAAAUCAGUUAUCACAGAUGGUGAUGGAGCUAUGAGGAAGGCAAUCAAACAGGUGUUUCCAGGUGCAUCACAUCGACUAUGUGCAUGGCACUUGUACAAGAAUGCAAAAGAUAAUGUGAAGAAUAAGUUGUUCUUGACUGGCUUCUCGAAAGCAAUGUACUAUGAUUUCACUAUUGAUGAGUUUGAAGAACACUGGAAGAACUUGGUUAGUGAACACGACCUUGUGGGGAACUAAUGGGUUUUAAAUACUUAUUGCAAAAAGCGUUCCUGGGCCAAUGCAUAUCUCCGCGACCAAUUCUUCGCUGGCAUACGAACCACCUCACGAUGUGAAGCCAUCAAUUCGCGGAUAAAGCUAUAUGUUGGCAAAAAAAAUAGCAUUGUCGAGUUCAUGCACAAAAUUGAGGAAGCUAUAAGAGUAUACAGGCACAAUGAGUUGUUUGUUGAUCAUACUUCUCUUUUUUCAGAAAAUGUGUUGACCACCCCUCUUUAUAAGUUGGAGAGUGAUGCUUCAAAAUUGUUCACGCAUGAAAUUUUUAAAGAAGUACGAACCCAAAUUGAGGAUGUUGGCGGAUUAGAUAUGAUUGGUAAAAUAGUUGAUGGAGAGAUUAAGAGAUUCAAGGUACACAGGUACGGUAAGCGCAACAUUGAAUUGAAUGUUCUUUAUGACACAUCCAAAAAUGAAUUUCUAUGUGAUUGUCGGCUAUUUCAGUCUCGCGGUAUUCCAUGUUCUCAUAUCUUUUUAGCCAUGAGAAAUGAG